AUGCAUUCAAUGCUUAUCAGUAGUGAUAAUUCGACAACAGCAACAUCAAUAAAAUCACCGACAGUAUGUGGUGUUACUACUGCUAGUACCACUGAUUUCAAUAACCAAUGUGAUUUUGAAUUUAGUCGGAAAUUUGAAGAAUGGUUCAAGACCAUAGAAGAAAGUGAACGUAUCAGUAGUGAUCAAGCACUAUGGAAGUGGUACGAUCAGAAUGACAAUUCUGGUCUCUUACCUGAAUGGAAGGAAUAUUUAGCACGUACGGGUACGAAUCAGUUAGGUGGUAUAUAUGCUAACGGACGUCCACUACCAGUACAUCUUCGGGAACGUAUUAUCCAAAUGGCUGCUUCAGGAACUAAACCUUGUCAGAUAUCACGACAAUUGCGAAUAUCACACGGUUGUGUCUCAAAAAUCUUGUCCAGAUAUCGCGAUACGGGCUCAAUCCGACCUGGCAAAAUUGGCGGUUCAAAACCUAAAAAAUCGCUUCCCCAGGUGGUGACAGCAAUUGCGAUUUACAAACAUUGUCGACCGUCGAUGUAUUCGUGGGAGAUUCGUAGUCGGCUUAUCAGUGAUGGCGUUUGCAGUGCAUUCAAUGUUCCAAGUAUUUCUUCGAUUAGCAGGAUAAUUAGGACAAAACUUGGCAUCAAGAAGCGAAUUGAUUCAAUUGAUACUAGACCAUUAACAGUCACUGAAGCGAAUACCUACUACCAGACGCCAAUACUAGAACGAGAAUAUUUGUGA